CGGCGGCGGCUCCCGGCGGGCAGCGGGGGCUCCGCCGGGCGGGCGCAGGCGGCACCCCGCGGCGGGGCAGCGGCGGCUGGCAUGGUGCUGGCGGUAGCGCGCCGCGCCCGCGUUGCACGGAGGGAGCCCGAGCGGAGCCGCGAUGGAGAUGCUGCUGCCGCCCGUAUGUACCAAACUUUGCCACCAGAAGCCCUUGGAUCUGAAAGAUGAUAACACUGAAAUUCACUGUCCUGUUACAGUAAACCCAUGGCACAUGAAGAAAGCCUUUAAAGUUAUGAAUGAAUUAAGAAGUCAAAACUUGCUGUGUGAUGUGACGAUAGUAGCUGAAGACAUGGAAAUUGCAGCGCAUAGAGUUGUGUUAGCCGCCUGCAGCCCCUACUUCCAUGCCAUGUUUACAGGUGAGAUGAGUGAAAGCCGGGCAAAGAGAGUUCGAAUAAAGGAAGUUGAUGGGUGGACUCUAAGGAUGCUUAUUGAUUAUAUUUACACUGCUGAAAUUCAAGUUACAGAAGAAAAUGUGCAGGUACUGCUCCCAGCAGCUGGUCUCUUGCAACUGCAGGAUGUGAAAAGGACUUGCUGUGAAUUUUUGGAAUCCCAGCUUCAUCCGAUCAACUGCUUAGGGAUCCGUGCUUUUGCUGACAUGCACGCGUGCACAGAUCUCUUGAACAAGGCCAACACAUAUGCAGAACAGCAUUUUUCUGAUGUUGUACUUAGUGAAGAAUACCUCAAUCUUGGUGUAGAGCAGGUGUGCAGUCUUAUAUCCAGUGACAAACUCACAAUUGCCUCAGAAGAGAAGGUAUUUGAAGCAGUGAUAGCGUGGGUAAACCAUGACAAAGAUGUAAGGCAGGAGCUAAUGGCACGCCUGAUGGAGCAUGUUCGGCUGCCUUUGCUAUCCCGGGAAUAUUUAGUUCAGAGAGUUGAAGAGGAAAUACUGGUUAAGAACAGCAGUGCUUGUAAAGAUUACCUCAUUGAAGCUAUGAAGUAUCACUUGCUGCCAACUGAGCAACGAGCAUUGAUGAAAAGCACUCGAACAAAAUUGAGAACACCUGCUAGCCUUCCAAAAUUGAUGAUGGUAGUUGGAGGACAGGCACCAAAGGCUAUUCGCAGUGUUGAAUGUUAUGAUUUUAAAGAAGAGCGCUGGCAUCAGGUGGCUGAACUGCCUUCCAGAAGAUGUAGAGCGGGAAUGGUGUACAUGGGAGGAAUGGUUUAUGCCGUUGGUGGUUUCAACGGUUCUUUGAGAGUGCGCACAGUGGAUUCCUAUGAUCCAGUGAAGGACCAGUGGACAAGUGUUGCUAAUAUGCAAGACAGGAGAAGCACACUGGGAGCAGCUGUAUUAAAUGGCCUUCUUUAUGCCGUGGGAGGAUUUGAUGGGAGUACAGGUUUAUCAUCAGUUGAAGUUUACAACUUAAAGACUAAUGAGUGGUUUCAUGUAGCUCCAAUGAACACAAGAAGAAGUAGUGUUGGUGUAGGUGUUGUUGGAGGUAAACUGUAUGCUGUCGGUGGCUACGAUGGGGCGUCGCGUCAGUGCCUUAGUUCAGUAGAAUGCUAUGAUGCUAAUACAAAUGAGUGGACUUAUGUUGCAGAAAUGAGCACUAGACGGAGUGGAGCAGUAAUUCUUCUCAUCACCUGGUGUUUACAUCCUUUGGAUAUGUAUAGGCUACUACAUGUUAUCCUUCCUUAUCGGUUAGUCAAGGUAUAUCCAUUUAUUUCCUUAUAAAUCCCGUUUUUUUGGGGUUUUUUUUUGUGGCUUUCUUUUUUCCCUUCUUACGAUUCUCAGUAUGUGUAUUUCUCUUCAAAAGUCCCUGUGGUAUUCUGCUUUUGUUUAAAGAAAUGAUGUUUCCACAGUUCCAAAUUGACUUUAGCAUUUUCAUUAUCUAUUUAUAUUAUGGACUCAAAUCUCAUUUACUGUUCACUGUCCUCUAUUUGUCUUUUGGUAUUUCAGGUUUUUUCAACUCGCAGAAGUUGUUUUAUUUCUCUAGAUGUGUUACCAUGGACUUUUUCAAGUCAAAUUGCAUGGCAUUAUUUUUCUACAUUUAUUUUUUUAAUAGUUACUCAAGUUACUUUUUUGCCAAGUACUCAGUGGUGCUUUUUAGUAACACCCUUCAAGUAUCUACUGGUGAUUGCAAUAAUGUGCUUCAUAAUUGGAAGAGUUGUUGCUACAAAUAAAACUGGAUGGACCUCUAGGACGCUCAAUAGUUAUCCCGACUUUCAUCUUGCCUUCCAUUAUUCUUUAUUAAUGCUGAACAGUUUUUAAUCUGUAUCAUGAUGUCUAAAUUAAGACCAAAAUUUUUCAAAAGAAAUAUGCAGAAGUAUUACAAUUGUUACUAGAAUUAAGAUAACUUAGUUUGUGAUACUUUUAUUAUACCUUUACGAAAUCAGCAAGUUGGUAAGUCUGUUAUUGCUAAAGGUAAUGUUUUAAUUGUGUUUCUAAACUAAAACUGUUUGAAGGCAACAUGAUAAAUUGUAUCUCCAGAAAACAUAGUUGUCUUGCAAAAGUUCUGGUUACUCAAGUCUGUGUGGAGUAAAUUCUGGAUUAAAAAACGGCCAGAGUUGCAGUAGAGGUACUGUUUAAUACUCCUGUCUGAUACUGGCAAGUUUUGAGUAAAAUAUUUAUAUGAAAUGGGCAAAUUACAGGUAUCAUUAUGAAGACAAAUAGUGUUGGUGGAUUGUGACAAAGCUUCAUUUUGCAAUUUGCCCGCACACCCAUUUUAUCUCAGUGGUUUUUGUUUUGUUUUGUUCUUUUCUUAAUACUCUGGUUUUGCAAACUAUCGUUGUGCUUGUAGCCUAUUUAUACACUAGAUAUUGGUAUUUUCAGGAUUUUUUUUUAAUGUUGAGUUAUUGCUAUAACUCUGAAAUUAGUGCCUUAGAUACACUAAUUACUGGAAUCUUUCUGCCCCUCUUCCCUCCCCUUGUCCCAGAGCUCAGGACUGUAUGUGUUUACUCAACGCUCUGCUGCCUUUUACCUUGUCCUCUGAUUAAACAAAAAAAAAAAAAAUUGGGGAGGAAAAGUAAAUGUAGUCAGUUAUUUCAGAUUCAUGUGACUGACUAAAAUAAUCAACAUUCUUCUGUGUCACUCUGUUAAUACCUGGAAAAUUAUAUUUGUGCGUAGGGGAGUGGAUGGUAAUGUGAAAAUCAUGACUAUUGAUUGAGCUUGGUUGUAGUGGCCAAAUACCUAAAACCACCAGAACUGUUUCAAUUGGCAAUCAGUCCUGGUGGUGUUCCAGGUGCUAACUACAGAUAAUUGUAUUCAUGUAUUAAACCUCUGGAUCUCUGGUCAUCUGAAGGAACUUAAGCCCGUCUCUUCUGUUCCUACUGCUUCAGCUUCAUUCAAAAGCAGCUUCAGUUACUCUUCUUUAGUGCCAACUGCUUCUCAGUUGAUCAGUGCGGGGACAGAUCUCUUUCCAGCAACAUACUGGGAUGAGGAACAUCAGAUCCAGAUAGAGGCCAUUUGGGAGGGAUGAGAGAUAUAAGACAGGGUCCUGAAAAAUGGGCAGGAAAGAAAAAUUAACAAAGAAAGGAGAACUCGGAAGACGGCAACAAGAGGAUACAGACGGAAGGAGCAAGGAAUAAGGUAGGACUUGGAAACUGGGUGUGGGAUUAAGGGAAAAUGAAGCACCAAAGAAGAACGGAGGACGUUAUUAAAAAAAAAGGAGCUAUCAAAGAAAAAAUGGCAAUGUGGCAGAGGGGAAACUACACACUGAAUAGGAAGGUCAGUAACUAUACUGAAAACCUGGGGGGGUGUGUGGGGGGCAUUUGUGUCACAUCACAUAUUUAAACUAAACACUUUAGCCCUCCUUCUAGCUCUGUAGUGUUUAAUUCUACAGAAGCUGAAUGUUGUAUUAUCCUGUGUAAUGGUGUGAUCACAGCGGGAGAAAUAAAAGCGGUCAACUAUACUAUGACAUGAUAGCUAGAAAUAAUAGCAAUAAAAGAGGAAUUAAAUUAACUGGCAAAGAUAAGGGGAAAUGUUAGUAGUGAAUGUCACUGAUAAAGUGUUAGAUAGCAUGACUUAUAAAAGUGUCCUAUUAAGAAGCUUUUUUUCAAAUUUGCAGUAACAAUUAACUCUUCCAUGUUUCCUUCCCCUCUUCCUUUAAUUAUUAAAAUUUGUCUUUUUAUUAAGAAAAUGUAGUUAUUUCAGCAGGAGUAGUUUCUGUCCUCAUUUAGGAAUGGCUCUUAAAUAAACAUUAGUGAUAUGUUUUCAAAGGUAUUUCGGUUGGCUAUUAAGGUCUCAGGGUUCUCUUUUUAACCCAGCUUUUUUAUUUUUUAUUUUACUCUGAAGGACUUAACUGAUCUUUUGCAUUCAUAUUUGCUGUUUCCCUUUAAAAAAUUUAAGCUGUGCCCUUUCCAUGGAACCUUUUAAGAACUAUACUUGCAAAUCUGUAUCUCAGCUUUGAGUUUCAUGAUCUUAAAUGUGACAUAUGUAAGAUUUCUCAGCAUACUUUCAUAGUGUUUUUUCAGUUGUUUUUAUAGUCCAUUGCUCACAAUUUUUAAUGCAAAAAACCUACGUUUCUGAAAUCUAUUAUGUUUGGAUUCUAACAGUGGAUUAUAAAGUGAGGAAUGCACAGGCCUUCUUUUCUGUUUCUCCUAUUAUCAUCUUUUCAGUAUGUGCAGCCCAAUCAGCAAGUAGAUACAGACUAGCUUUAUUCUUUCGUUCCAAGCUUAUAGACUGAUAAACUUCUAUUGUAAAUCUAAGGAGUCCCUUUAAUAUCCUUUUGGGUAUUUGGGUAACUGAAGCUUGGUUCAAGGAAGUUUGGUGUCUGAAUCCUGGAGGAGGAAGGUGCUGACUCUUUAAUUUUGUUUCAUAUAUAGGUUUACAAGGUAUUCCAGCCCUUCAGUGGAAACAUCCCUAUUGUAUAAUGUCUAUCCAUUCAGCUUUCAUCCUCUGUACUGCGCAUUUUUUUACUUUCUAAAAAUUCACUUACGCUUUGUCAUCAUGUCAGAUUUCCGUUAUGCUGGCUGAGCAUGCUGUCUCAUUUACUGUCACUUCUAAUUAGUCCUAGAUUUCAAUAGUCCUCUUACUCCCGCACAUCAUUUUUCACCUAGAAUUUUCUAAAUCUUCUGUUGCAGAACAGCUCUGGUCUUUGUAUGCUGCAGUGUGGUAGAUAGGCACACAAGACAUGUUAUCAGUGUCUGCUGUAGUUACUGUCUGUUUCCUUUAAUGCGUCCUGACCCAAAUGUUUUUGGAAAUAACAUUCCUAACAUUGACUGGAUGAAGGAUUUGUGUUAAUGGACAUAAUAUUUGUUGUUUCUCCUUUGUAUCAGUCAAACCAUUCUCUGGUUAAUUUUUAGUAUUUUCAUAUGUUCACAGGUGUUGGUGUGUUAAACAAUUUAUUGUAUGCGGUAGGUGGUCACGAUGGUCCUUUGGUAAGAAAAAGUGUUGAAGUGUU